AUGAGUGCACAAGGUCAAGUCCGAGACACCAAGCACGGUAGCAUUGGUGAAGUCGAAGCCGGAAAAGGCAUCAUCACCAGAUAUGCUGAUGGCCGACCGACACACUUCACCUUCAAGACAAAUUUCGAUCGCCCUCCAAGGGUUCAGAUCACGCCAGUCUUUAUUGAUCCAAAGUCAGCCUUUAAGCAGUUCUGGAUCUAUCACUUUGCUCCACCUGGAGACCAGGCUGUCCACGAGAGUGGUUUUUACCUGGGAUGUUGCGGUGAGACGGGGAUGAAUAUCCACUUUGAGUACCUUGCUACUGCCAUCUACACUGUUGGGGACGAUUGA